GGCUUCCACAAAACGGAGGCCAUGUUCCGCAUGGAGAGCCUCAACCUGGCGACGCCGGCCGGGCCUGCAGUGACUCCGGCAGUGACCCCGAUGGCCGGGCCAGGGGAGAUUCUGCGGCCGCCCACGGGCGGCUCGGCGCGCUACCCGCGGCUGGAAAGCGAGUUGCGUGACUUGCGCGAGCGCGUGGUGACCACGGAGCGUGAGUUGCGCGAGACCAAGGACCGCGAGCUGCAGUUGGCCAAGGAGCGCGAGCUCCGCAUGUUGCGCGACGAGGAGGAGAAGUACCGCCGCGAGAACGACCCGGAGAACUACUCGCGCGCGUACCGCGUGUUGCGUGGCUGGGUGGAGUCGUCCUUGGACUUGUACAAGCCCGAGUUGGCGCGCUUGAUGUACCCUUUGUUCGUGCACUGCUACCUCGAGCUCGUGGCCAAGGGCUAUGCCGCGGACGCCAAGGUGUUCUACGACAAGUUCUGCGCGGACCACCGCAUUCUCCACGGCUUGGAGGUGCGCCUGUUGGGCGGCAUCUCCUUGCCCCAGCACCUCCGCGAGAACCCGUUGGCCCAGGCCUACCGCUCCAACAAGUACCGCAUCCUCGUGUCCAAGACCACCAUGAACUUGUUGCUCUACUUCCUUCAUGAGAACGAGGCCGUGGGCGGUGCGGUCUUGAUCCGCAUCAUCAACCAGUACCUCAACCCCAUCAUCGCCACCACGAAGCCCGACCGAAUCGCCCAGGAAGGCGAGGCCGACCCCACCGAAGGCAUCCCGGGCUAUCUCGCCAGCACCAACGAGAUCGAAAAGUUCAACGAGCAGUCUGUGUCCUUGGGCAAAAUGCCCCUCGACCCGGACGUCGAGAAAGAGCUCGAGGCCGAGUUGAAGGUCAAGGACGAGAGCUCGCCGCCCGUCAACGGCAAGUCCCUCGUCCAGGAGUUCGAGGAAAUGACUGCGGCCGAGAAGGACUCGCCCGCGCCAGACUCCCUCCCGUUGCCCAUGAAGGACGCCAGUGACAUCAAGCGCAUGAUCUUGGCCGUGGAAGACUCCCGCUCCAAAAUAAAAUUGGGCGCAAUUCAGGCUAGCGCCCCAUCCGUGUGCAUGUACACGUUCCACAAUACGAACAACGACCUCACCUGCCUAGAAUUCAACCAGGACUCGAACUUGGCAGCUGGCGGUUUUCAGGACAGCUACAUCAAGCUCUGGAGUCUAGACGGCCGCCCAUUGAAGUCGCUCUUGAAGCGCGACCCCCACAAUAAUGACAACUCCCGUAAGUUGAUUGGCCACAGCGGGCCCGUAUACGGAAUGUCGUUUUCUCCGGACAAUAAGUACUUGGUGUCUGCGUCGGAAGACAAGACUGUGAGACUUUGGUCUCUCGAUACCUACACCGCUCUUGUGUCUUACAAAGGGCAUAACCUGCCAGUUUGGGAUGUCAAAUUUUCCCCGUUGGGACACUACUUUGCAACUGCCUCUCACGAUCAAACUGCAAGAUUAUGGGCCACGGAUCAUAUAUACCCAUUGCGAAUUUUCGCCGGCCACAUCAAUGACGUGGAUUGCGUUGAGUUCCACCCAAACUCCAAUUACGUCUUCACAGGCCUGUCAGACAAGACUUGUCGCAUGUGGGACGUACAAACGGGUAAUGCGGUGAGAAUAUUCAUGGGUCACACCGGUGCUGUCAAUUGUAUUGCUGUUUCGCCUGAUGGAAGAUGGCUAGCCAGUGCAGGCGAAGACAGCAUGGUUAAUAUAUGGGACAUUGGAUCGGGAAGGCGAAUGAAGACGAUGAGAGGCCAUGGACGCAGCUCCAUUUACUCAUUGUCUUUUUCCCGUGAUGGAAGUGUACUCGUUAGUGGUGGAGCUGACAAUACUGUGCGUGUUUGGGACGUCAAGCGCAACACCUCUGAUUCAGGCCCUUUGCCGGAGGCUAUUUCGGGAAAUGAGGGUCGGAAUGGUAUGACCAAUGCCAAUGACGGUACAAAGAAGCCUGCAGAAAAGACUAACAGAAAAGAAAUCAUUGCAACUGCUGACCAUUUGACCGCCUACUUCACGAAGAAGACGCCCGUCUAUAAGGUUCACUUCUCAAGACGCAAUUUGUGUCUUGCCGGAGGCGCUUUGCUAUCUUGAAACAUUCAGACUGGUUUAAGGAAUUUCUGAGCAACUACAAGACGAGACAGCCUUCUGUCUGAGUUGUGUUGUUGUUUCGGGCUCAAAUCGUGAAUGACCAUGGAGGUGGCUUCCAAGGUCUAGGUCAGAAACGCGUAAUCGGUACUCAUACAUCCUGCCAU